AUGAAAGAUGAACAGUACCACCCUAUAGGUGCUGCAACCAUUGCAAAGAAUCGUUUAUUUAGUCAAUUCCAUGCUCAAUAUCCUGAUCAUGAAAGAGAACGUAUUGUAAAAAGUUUAGUGCAAGGUGUAUCAAUAAUCCAGGUAUUGUUUGUUACAGUAGCAUUCGGAAUUGGUAUUGAUAUUAAAGAUAUAAGACAAGUAAUUCAUAUUGGAGUACCAUAUACAAUGGAAGAAUAUUAUCAGGAAGCUGGACGGUGUGGUCGUGAUGGACAACCCUCAAAAGCAAUUGUGUAUUUCAAUUCAUAUGACAUCUCUAAAGGAAGGAAACAUUUGACAGAUACCAUGAGGAAUUAUGUUCAACAAAAGAACUGCAAGAGAAAGUUUAUUCUCAAUUACUUUGGGCACAAAAUUCCAGAAAGAGAUUUACCAGAACACACCUGCUGUGAUAGUCAUCAAUGCACAUGUGAUGAUUGUUUGUUAUCAGAUGUUGCAAUGCUUCUUGUGGAUCCUGAAGAUUCUAAUGAUGCAACAUGUAAUAGUAGCACCCAUUUAGAGGACAUGUCUGUGCACAGAGUUUUAAAUGAGCAAGAAAUUAGUAUAAUUAGAAAACAAUUGGAACAAUAUAGAUUAACUCUUCAUGGUCAAGGUAGAUCCUGUGUUGGUGGCAUCACAUUGGCUACAGGUUUCAGUUUUGAACUUAUUGACAAUGUUAUAGAGCAAGCAGCUACCUUAAAAUCUGUGGAAGAUGUUAUGUUGAGAUUGCCAGUGUUUAGUCGUACACAUGCUGAAGCAAUUUUUGAUAUUGCUUCUCAGUUCUAA